AUGGCCAGAGUCCGGAGCCAGGAUGGCCUCAUCUUCCUCACCUCGUGCUGCGGCACCUCGGGCACCUCGGUGGCCCUGUCCUUGCCAGCCAACGUUGGGGACUUCAAUGUUAGUCCCCCAAAUUGGUGCCUUCUCGUCACUGGUGCCGCUGGGGCCGCGUUGCUGCUGCCCCUGGUCGUCCCCGUCGCGCUGGCCGCUCCGGUGAGGAUCCAAGAAGCGGGUUUGCCCCGCGCGAAGGGCCGGGGCCCAGCGGCGCUGCCGGCCUCCACCAUGGUCCCGCCGAGCGCCCGGCUCGCCCGCGCGGCCAUCGCGCUCGCCCUGUGCCACCUCGCCAGCGCCAUCGAAGUGCCCCUCGACUCAAAUAUUCAGAGCGAAUUGCCGCAGCCGCCCACGAUCACCAAGCAGUCGGUGAAGGACUAUAUCGUGGACCCCCGGGAUAACAUCUUCAUCGAGUGCGAAGCUAAAGGCAACCCCGUUCCCACGUUUUCAUGGACACGGAACGGGAAGUUCUUCAAUGUGGCAAAAGACCCCAAAGUCUCGAUGCGGCGGCGCUCGGGGACCCUGGUCAUCGACUUCCACAGCGGCGGCCGGCCGGAGGACUACGAGGGCGAGUACCAGUGCUUUGCACGGAAUGAUUUCGGCACGGCGCUCUCCAGCAAAAUCCACCUCCAGGUUUCUAAGUCUCCCUUGUGGCCCAAGGAGAAGGUGGAUGUGAUAGAGGUGGAUGAAGGUGCUCCGCUUAGCCUGCAGUGCAACCCUCCGCCUGGCCUGCCUUCCCCGGUCAUCUUCUGGAUGAGCAGCUCCAUGGAGCCCAUCCACCAAGACAAGCGCGUCUCCCAAGGCCAGAACGGCGACUUGUACUUCUCCAAUGUCUUGCUGCAAGAUGCCCAGACAGACUACAGCUGCAACGCACGCUUCCACUUCACCCACACCAUCCAGCAGAAAAACCCGUACACCCUCAAGGUGAAAACCAAGAAACCCCAUAAUGAAACGUCUUUUCGAAAUCACACUGACAUGUACAGUGGGAGGGCGGUCGGGAACGGCACCUCCCCGGGCACCAAGGGAAGAGCCCGCGAGGAGAAGCUGCCACCCUGCUUGGAACCCGGCCUUUUCCAGUUGGAUUCACUCUCCCUCUCCAGCCUCAAGCUUGUGCGGGACCUGGGAUCUUCCCCCAAAGCCGUGGACAUUCCUGGCCCCGGAGCAGCCUCCCUGCUGCCCAGGGAGUAUCCGUACGGGCGGUCGAGCAGCCAGAGGGUGCUCCGGGGGGUGGACCUGCUGCUGGAGUGCAUCGCCUCGGGGGUACCAGCGCCAGACAUCAUGUGGUACAAGAAGGGAGGAGAGCUCCCGGCGGGCAAAACCAAGCUGGAAAACUUCAACAAGGCCCUUCGCAUCUCCAACGUCUCCGAGGAGGACUCCGGCGAGUACUUCUGCCUGGCGUCCAACAAGAUGGGCAGCAUCCGGCACACCAUCUCCGUGAGGGUGAAGGCUGCUCCGUAUUGGUUGGAUGAGCCACAAAACCUGAUUUUGGCCCCUGGAGAGGACGGCAGGCUGGUGUGUCGAGCCAAUGGGAACCCCAAACCUACAAUACAGUGGCUGGUGAACGGCGAGCCCGUAGAAGCUUCUCCCCCCAACCCGAGCCGUGAAGUGGCUGGAGACACCAUCGUGUUUCGGGACACGCAGAUCGGCAGCAGCGCCGUGUACCAGUGCAACGCGUCCAACGAGCACGGCUACCUCCUCGCCAACGCCUUCGUCAGCGUCCUGGAUGUGCCCCCACGGAUAUUAGCUCCUCGCAAUCAGCUGAUCAAAGUCAUUCAGUACAACAGGACCCGCCUCGACUGCCCCUUCUUUGGCUCCCCGAUCCCCACGCUCAGAUGGUUUAAGAACGGCCAGGGAAACACUCUGGAUGGAGGAAACUACAAGGCGCAUGAAAACGGGAGCUUGGAGAUGAACAUGGCUCGGAAAGAGGACCAGGGCAUCUACACUUGUGUCGCCACCAACAUCCUGGGUAAAGCAGAGGCCCAGGUUCGCCUGGAGGUCAAAGAUCCCACGAGGAUUGUGAGAGGACCAGAAGAUCAAGUGGUGAAGAGGGGCUCCAUGCCUCGCCUGCACUGCCGGGUAAAGCACGACCCUACGUUGAAGCUCACAGUCACCUGGCUGAAAGAUGAUGCUCCGCUUUACAUUGGAAAUAGGAUGAAGAAAGAAGAUGAUGGUCUGACAAUACAUGGUGUGGCUGAAAAGGAUCAAGGCGACUACACCUGUGUAGCUAGUACUGAGCUGGACAAGGAUUCUGCUAAAGCUUACCUGACUGUACUAGCAAUCCCUGCUAACCGUUUGAGAGACUUACCUAAAGAACGACCUGACCGGCCCCGUGACUUGGAGCUGUCGGACCUGGCCGAAAGGAGCGUGCGGUUGACGUGGAUACCUGGCGAUGACAACAACAGCCCGAUCACAGACUACAUCGUUCAGUUUGAGGAGGACCGCUACCAGCCUGGCACCUGGCACAACCACUCCAGCUAUCCCGGGAGUGUGAACUCGGCUGUCCUGAGCCUCUCUCCUUACGUCAACUACCAAUUCCGGGUGAUUGCCGUGAACGACGUGGGCAGCAGCCUGCCCAGCGUGCCCUCGGAGCGGUACCAGACCAACGGCGCGCGCCCUGAAAUUAACCCAACGGGAGUUCAAGGAGCAGGAACCCAGCGAAACAACAUGGAGAUAACCUGGACGCCUCUGAAUGCAACUCAAGUUUAUGGGCCCAACCUCAGGUAUAUCGUGAGAUGGAGGCGAAGGGACCCCCGGGGGAGCUGGUACAACGAGACAGUGAAGACCCCACGGCAUGUUGUCUGGAAUACCCCCAUCUACGUCCCCUACGAGAUCAAAGUGCAGGCAGAGAACGACUUUGGCAGAGCACCGGAGCCUGACACGGUGAUCGGCUACUCGGGGGAGGAUUAUCCCAAGGCUGCUCCGACGGACGUUAGGAUACGGGUCUUGAACAGCACGGCCAUAGCUCUCACGUGGACCCGCGUGCACCUGGACACCAUCCAGGGCCAGCUCAAGGAAUACCGAGCCUAUUUCUGGAGAGAGAGUAGUUUGCUGAAGAACCUGUGGGUCUCCAAAAAACGGCAGUAUGUGAGUUUUCCUGGAGACCGAAACCGGGGCAUAGUGUCCCGGCUGUUUCCUUACAGCAACUACAAACUUGAGAUGGUUGUAAGCAACGGGAGAGGAGAUGGGCCCCGCAGCGAAGUGAAGGAGUUCCCCACGCCAGAAGGAGUGCCCAGCUCCCCCAGGUAUUUAAGGAUCCGACAGCCUAAUCUGGAAACCAUCAAUCUGGAAUGGGAUCAUCCAGAGCAUCCCAACGGCAUCCUCACGGGAUACAACCUUCGGUACCAAGCCUCCACCGUGGCCUCCCUUUCCUCCGCAGUUAACGGGUCCAAAACGGGCCGAACGCUGGUGGAGAACCUCUCCCCCAACCAGACGAGGUUCACCCUGCAGAGGACCGACCCCAUCUCGCGCUACCGAUUCUUCCUGCGCGCGAGGACCCAGGUGGGAGACGGGGAAACCCUCGUGGAGGAGUCGCCGGCGCUGCUCAAUGAAGCGACGCCAACCCCAGCUGCCACGUCGUUGCCUCCGACGGCCAUCAGCCCAACCGGCCCUCCAAAUGCCACAACCAUGGCCACCACCGCCGCCACAGCUACCACCAGCGCCACCACUACAGUCGCCACAACUACUACCACCACUACUACUACUACUACUACUACCACCACCAUGGCCACCACCCUGGCCACCACCACCGUCGCCACCACCCCAGCCACAGCAGAGCGGGCGGCAGCCACCACCAAGCAGGAGCUGGCCACCAAUGGAUCGUCCAUAUGGGACAUAAGAGCUUUGGCUAAUAGUAACUGGGCAAACAUCACCUGGAGCCACAAUUACUCUGCAGGAACUGACUUUGUGGUUAAGUAUAUCACCAGUAACAAGACCGAGAAAUCAAUCCCGGUUAAAGCUCAGACCCCUUCCUCUGUGCAGCUGGCUAAUCUGACGCCCGGGAUGAUGUACAAGCUGUGGGUGUUCCCCAUAUGGUCUAGCCCCAGCGAGCACUCUUACAUUACCUUUACGACAAGCUCAGCUUACACCAAGAACCACGUGGACAUCGCGACCCAAGGCUGGUUCAUUGGGCUGAUGUGUGCCAUAGCCCUCCUGGUUCUCAUUCUGCUCAUCGUGUGCUUCAUUAAGAGAAGCAGAGGUGGAAAAUACCCCGUGCGAGAUAACAAAGACGAGCACCUCAAUCCUGAGGACAAGAACGUAGAAGACGGGUCAUUUGACUACAGGUCUCUUGAAAGCGAUGAAGACAACAAGCCCCUGCCCAACAGCCAGACCUCCUUGGACGGCACCAUCAAGCAGCAGGAGAGCGACGAUAGUUUGGUGGACUAUGGAGAGGGGGGCGAGGGGCAGUUUAACGAGGACGGCUCCUUUAUCGGCCAGUACACGGUGAAGAAGGACAAGGAGGAGACGGAAGGCAACGAGAGCUCGGAAGCCACCUCCCCGGUCAACGCUAUCUACUCGUUGGCAUAGCGCUAUAUA